UUAAGUGGUCACCGUUUUGUUUUAUUUACACCGGAAGGUGAACUAAAACCAAUCAGGUUAUGGAAAUGGCUCCAACAAAAAACUUGGAUAAUUUUCCCGUUUACAUUGUUCUUGGAUCCGGUGGUCAUACUGCCGAGAUGUGUACUAUAAAUAUGGCCCUUUUACGAACUGACAGCGGAAAGGAAAUUUACAAUCCUCUACGAUAUGUUAUCGCCAAUGAUGAUACAACCUCACGAAGCAGAAUCACGGGCGUCAUGCAAAAAGUUGGUGUAGCACUGGAUGAUACUUCAUUUAUCUAUGUACCUCGUAGUCGGAAGGUUGGUCAGAGUUACUUGAGUAGUGUGUUCACAACACUUUGGGCACUAUUGUGUAGUUUCUGGCUAGUGUGGUAUGACCAACCAAAGCUAUUACUGUGCAAUGGUCCGGGUACUUGUCUGCCAUUUUGCAUUGCUGUGUUCCUGUGGAAAAAACUUGGGCGCCUGUCUUCUAAAACAAAGAUCGUAUAUGUGGAAAGUUGGUGCCGGGUUCGUACACUAUCGCUCAGCGCAAAAUUGCUUCGUCCGAUCCUUGAUUUACUAGUUGUACAAUGGCCAGCGCUAGCCGAAAGUUACAAAAACGCCAACAACGUCAAAUACUUCGGAAAAAUUAUGUGAUCAAAAGUCAUAUAUUUUAUGAAACGGCUAAGGCUGAGCUUUAACAAGAGUGUACGUGCGAUUGUGAUCAACUUAAACAAACCAUGUAAUAUAAAAAGUUUGAUUUUUUUUUAAUAUAUUGAAAAUCUAACUAA